GACUUCAGUUUGUAGUCAAUGGGUGUCAUUUCUGGGCUGGUAGGCUUCGUUGUGGUGGCCUUCUCGCUGGUGAUGGUGGUGUUGGUGCCGCUGUUCGAGGCGCAGGCAUGCUUACCCUGGCUAUACCCGCCGCUGCUGGUGGAUCUGAACCACUAUUACUCAGAGCAGUAUGAUGACUACUUGACAAUCAAGAGGCCAGGCUUCUUUGUCGGCCUCGCCUGGCUGGAGCUCCUCUUCCUCUGGCCUCUUUCCAUCACCAACUUGUACGGCAUCCUCGCUCGCAAGCCCUGGGUCAACACCACAACUCUUAUGGCUGGAGUCUCUUCACUCACUGCCAUGGGGGCAGUGAUGGGGGAAGUGUUGAAUAACUACACUGAAAUUGAAGCUUUACUGUUAUUGCUGGAAAGGUACAUCCCUUACAUUGUUUUCUCCUUCUUUGCUAUCUUGUAUAGCUUCCUCCCAUCAAUCUCAAGAUGGUGGGGUGUUCCAUUAUGAGCUAGUUUCUUUAAUCUUUGCAACAAGUUGUUCUUUUCGGUUGCAGAAUCAGACAUUGACUUUGAACUAUGUGGUGGUUAUUAUGUUCAUGCAACAACAUUUUGUUUUAAUUAAUUUUUUUAAUCAA